UACUAGUUUUCUUUCAACGGUCUACUGAUGAAUUGUUUAACUGUGCUGACAUUCCUUGUGAUAUUCUUCUAUGCUGAAGCAUGGCAUCCAUUGGAUUUCAAAGAAGAAGAUCUGAAAAAUAUUUGGACUGCCCCACAAAAUGCAAAAGCAGUUAAUCAUAUAGCAAAAACAAACGGGAGCAAGGCAAGUGUGUUGCUUAAGAAAUUCAACCCUCGAAUAGUGAAAGGAUUUAAAGCUACACCAGGAGCAGUUAAUUAUCAAAUAUUUUUGCUUAUUGGUGAUGGAUAUCUUUGCGGUGGUUCGAUGAUUAAGAGAGAUUGGGUUUUAUCAGCUGCCCAUUGCGUAUAUGAUCAACCAACUGUAACCGUUUACAUGAUUUAUAGCUUAGAUGUUGGAUAUACUUGGAGAAGUCCAAUGCUUUCGGCUAAAAUUCAUGAAGAGUAUAACGAUAUUACGCUGGCAAAUGACAUUGCACUUUUAAAGACAAACUUAAACGAAGUUAUUAAAUUUGAGGAUUUGCUUGUAUAUUCACUGCACGAUAAUGGAGAUUUUUAUGCAAAUGUAAUAGCAACUACAUGUGGGUUUGGAAGGGUCAGCGAUAGGUCAACUGACAUUUCAAUGGAUAUGAAAUGUGCCUACAAUAUUGUGAUUACCAAUGUACAGUGUAAAUUUACUUGGGAUGUUGAUGAACAUCAAAUGUGUGUCGACACAACUGGAGGAGUUGGAGCUUGUCAAGGUGAUUCUGGUGGUCCCGUGACUAUAAGUUAUCCACAUUCUUUGAAUGGCAAGAUUCAAAUUGGGAUUGUAUCUUAUGGAGCAGAUGUUGGAUGUGAGAAGGGAUACCCCAACGUCUACACACGAGUUGGAAGUUAUGCCGAUUGGAUAACUACGAAUGCAAUUAGCUAAAGCAAAGUUUCUAUGAAAAGCUUGUUUUAAAAGAAAAUCUGUACAAGCAAUUUCAUAAAUCAAAUAAAGGUUUAAUUGAAUUAAAUAUUAUUUUUAAUUUAAAUUAUUUUUAGCAUUUAGUAAUGCCAUCCUAAUUUCCCAGUUAACUUUUUUAAUUAUUUAUUAAUAAAAUUUUUAUCAUUUAUUUUGAAUUACAGACAA